AUGGAUUUGCUCAAGAAAAAACGGGCAAUUAUUAAAGGCCAAAUAACGCGAAUAGUUACAUUCGCGGAAACAACGGGUGCCCCUUUAGCUGAGUGUAAAUUGCGCCAAACAAAACUAGAGCAGUAUAUGCAAGAAUUCGAGUGCUUGCAAAGUCAAAUAGAAGAAUCGAUUGAAGACGCUACUUUACUCGCAGAUGAGACCCAAUAUCGUUCAAAUUUCGAAUCGGUUUUUUAUUCCACUCAUGCUAAAUUAUCUGAUAUUAUAAACGAAAUUUCUAAUGCGUCGCGUUCCGAUGAUUCUGAAACCGAAUUCAGUUCAGCCAUUAAAACACUAAUCGAAAAUCAAACCGCGCUAAAUGACGUUGUAAAAAAUUUAGCAGAAACGUCGCGAAGGCCAAUAAGCAUAACUCAUUCGGAGCAAUCAUCUGGCCUACCAAAAGUGAUUUUAAACGAAUUUUCGGGAAAAUUCGAUGAGUGGAUUCGUUUUCGGGAUUUAUUUACAGCGUUAGUUAUUUGUAAAAAAUCUGUAACCGGCAUCGAAAAAAUGGAAUACCUCCUUUCGCGAUUAAAAGGAGACGCGUUGUCACUCGUAAGCCAUCUUCCCCGUAGCAAUGAAAACUUUUCUAUCGCGUGGAAAUUGUUGGGUGAGCAUUAUGAAAAACCAAAUUUUAUUAUGGUGGCUCACUUGGACAAUAUAUUCGACCAACCGGUGAUCAAAAGUGGUUCUUUGUGCGAAUUAAAACGAUUAUUCAGUACUACCAUUGAGAACAUGAAUGCGCUGCGUACCUUGAAACUCCCGGUCGAUUCGUGGGAUACAUUACUCGUUUACACUUUAACACGAAAACUCGAUUCAGAAAAUAAAUUAUUAUGGAUUCGGGCCGCGAAGCAUGGUAAAUCUGAAUCGUUUGCGGAUUUCUCAAACUUUUUGAAAGAGCGAAUAAACGAACUCGAAAGUUUAAAUCUCUCAAAAGUGCAAUCCAGUUCCGGUCGUAAUAUUAUAGCUCCGAUUAAAAAUAAAGAUUCGGGUAAACGUGUUUUCAAUAUCACUAUUCCAUCGUGUCCUAAGUGCCAACAAAAACAUAUGCUUUAUCAGUGCGUGAAAUUCCGAGAACUUACGGUGCCUGCUCGGUGUGAAUUUGUGAAAGCAAACGGAAUUUGCUGCAAUUGUCUACGGGUUAAGCAUUCGUUAGCGGAAUGCAAAUUUUCGAACUGCAAAACGUGUAAUUUGAAGCACAACACUCUGCUUCACGUAGACCGAAUUGCCCCCCCUUUCGUUCAACCAGUCCCUGCUGCAAAUCAGCCCGGUUCAUCGAAUGGCAUCGUGUCAGCUGUGUCGGUUCGCGCACCCCCAUCGCGUCAUGAGUGUUUAACUAUGCUUCCUACGGCAAUAAUUUUGAUUAAAGACAUAAAUGGUGAACCUCAAUCGUGUAGAGCCCUCCUUGAUUCUGGGUCCCAAGCUACCUUAAUAUCGGAAUCUUGUGUUCAACGUCUCGGUUUAAAGCGAUCUCAUGCUAAGUUUCCGGUAAUCGGUCUCGGACAAAAUGAAAGUACUCAAGGUACACGGGGACAAGUAAGCCUUAUUAUGUCUUCGACUUUUGACUCAAAUUCGUGUAUUUCGGCUAAUGCGUUCAUUCUUGCCUCGUUAAUAAACUGUUUUCCAAGUUUUGAAAUACCAAGUGCUUGUCUGUCUCAUUUCAAAAAUCUAUCAUUGGCAGACCCCUAUUGUUAUCGCCCAAGCAAGGUCGACUUGUUGUUGGGAUCGGACUUAUUCUUUGACAUUCUCGCGGACGGUAAAAUCGUACAUCCAUCGGGUUCACCUAUCGCCCAGAACACUAUCUUCGGCUGGGUGAUAGCGGGAAGUGUUUCGUUAAAACGAGAAGCUACUAUUAGCGUCAACCAUUCAACUGUUGACUUAGACUUGCUCUUAAAAAAUGUCUUUGAGCCUGGAGAUCUUGUCGACGGAAUUCGUUCCAACGACAGUGAGGUAAGUGCAGAUAUUGAAAAACAUUUUAUUGCGACACAUAAAGUUAAUCAAGAUGGUAGAUACGUAGUCAGCUUACCGUUUAAUAAAACGCCCGUUGUGUUCGGCGACUCUCGCGGAGCUGCUCUCAACAUGUUGCAUUCUAUGGAGAGACGAUUUUCAAAGAAUCCCAUAUUAAAACAACAAUACAUCGAUUUUAUGCGUGAAUAUGAGCGCCUGGGUCAUAUGAAAAUCGUCCCAAUCAACGACCUAAGCUGCCCAUCAUUUUACUUACCUCACCACGCGGUCCUGAAACCCGACAGCGCAACGACAAAGCUGCGCGUGGUUUUCAAUGCUUCGUAUAAGUCAUCAAAUGGCCAUUCAUUAAACGAUUAUUUACAUGUUGGCCCCACGAUUCAAAACGAUCUUUUCACGUGCCUUAUUCGCUUUCGUAAAAAUAAAAUCGCGAUUAAGGCCGAUAUCGCCAAAAUGUACCGUCAGGUACUUGUCGAUGCAAACGAUGUUCAUUUCCAAAGAAUUGUUUGGAGGGAGGAAGUAACCGAAGAACCACGCGAUUACAUGCUUCUUACGGUUACAUAUGGAACGGCUUCGGCAUCCUUUUUAGCAACUCGUGUUCUCAAACAAAUCGGUUUAGACAAUAUGCAUCUUCUUCCCACGGCUUCGAAAAGCAUCAUUGAAGAUUUUUACGUCGACGAUUACAUGUCUACCUUCGAAAACGUAGAUGAAGCGAUACAAUUAAAAACCGGAGUUGUAAAUGUCCUCAACAGGUCUGGAAUGGACCUUCGUAAGUGGUCUUCCAAUUCGAUUGAUUUCUUAAACACCAUUUCCCCCGAACAUCGGGAAUCGGAUACCAAUUUAAUCAUCGGUGAAACGGGAGUCAAAACAUUAGGCUUGCUUUGGGAUACGAAACACGAUUGUUUCAAAUUCGCACCCACGAUUCCGGCCAUCGGGCCGACCGCCACCAAAAGAGAAGUGCUAUCGGUUAUAGCUCGAAUCUUCGAUCCGUUAGGGUGGCUAUCACCGAUUAUCGUCAAAAUGAAGAUCUUUAUAAAACGUUUAUGGAUCAAACGUGUCGGUUGGGACGAGUUUAUUCCCACUGACUUCAUGCGAGAAUGGAGUGAUUUCAAUCGAGAUCUCUAUUCUAUUCAAAACGUCAACAUUUCAAGAUGGCUUCACUUUAGUCAAGGGCAGAUACUGGAACUGCACGGCUUUGCCGACGCGUCCGAGUCAGCUUAUGCCGCAGCAGUGUAUGCUAGGGUGGUAGGAGUCAGUGCAGUGGAGACUGCGCUUAUCUGUUCUAAGACCAGAAUUGCUCCAGUCAAACCUUCUCUUUCUAUUCCACGUUUGGAAUUGUGUGGCUCUUUACUGCUAAGCCAGCUCCUUAGUAAGGUUAAAGAAGCUUUCGCUAUUCACGAUGUCAAAUGUUUCGCGUACACAGACUCUACUACCGUACUUCAUUGGAUUAAAGGUUAUCCGCGUGCGAGAAACGUCUUCGUGGACAAUAGGAUUUCGAAAAUUGUUGCCCAGUUCCCAGUUUCAAUAUGGCAUCAUGUGCGCACGGCCCAGAACCCAGUGGAUUGUGCUACUCGCGGCAUAAUGCCGAAAUGUUUGCUAGAUUUAGAGUUGUGGUGGAAAGGCCCUGAGUUUCUUCGCAAUAAUGAAAUAGUGUUUUCUGAAAUACCGAGUCUCAAAGACAGUUUUGUUAACGAUGAAGUUACAUGUCUCGUUUCAGCAGCGGAGACAGAUGAUUGGGAUCAUCGCGUUUUCGAAAUGUUUUCGAAUCUCAAUCGUCUUCUUCGGGUCAUCGCUCGUUGUAUCCGACUAUUUCGAAAUCGUGUCAGACCUCGAGACCGUAUUAGAAAUUAUUUUUUGUCACCAAACGAUUUACAUCUGGCAAAGAUAGCGUCAUAUAAACUCGCUCAGAAACACAUCUUUAAAAAUGAUAUCGCUCUCUUGGAAAAUGGCCAAGCUGUUUCUAAGAAAAACAAACAUUAUUUUCUUCGUCCCUUCAUCGAUGAGCAGGGUGUUCUUCGUGUUGGUGGCAGGCUCGAAAAUGCCCGCAUACCAUUUGAGCAGAAGCAUCCAGUUAUUCUUCAUAAGAAUCACCCGCUAACAAAUCUUAUCGUCAAUGACUGCCAUCUAAGCAACCUGCAUGCUGGAAUGCGACAAAUGACGUACCAGCUCUCGCUCCACUACAGUGUCAUCGGUAUUCAUCACGUUAUCAAACGAGUCAUCUAUCGCUGCACAACGUGCAUUAGACAGCGAGCGAUUCCAUUUCAACAACAAAUGGCCAGCCUACCGAGACAGAGAUUGGAACCAGGAGUUACCUUUGGCAACACGGGCGUGGACUACGCUGGUCCAUUUUUUGUCCGCUCGUGGAAAGGUCGAGGUGCUAAGUUACACAAGGUUUAUAUUUCGCUUUUUGUUUGCAUGGCUACGAAAGCUUUGCAUCUAGAGUUAGUGUCGGACCUUUCGUCAUCUGCCUUCAUCGCAGCCUUGCGGCGUUUCGUUUCUAGGCGUGGAAGAUGCCAUUCUAUUUUUAGUGAUAAUGGCACUAAUUUCGUCGGCGCCAAUCAACAGCUACGAGAUUGGGCCAACCUACUCGAUUCAACAAAAUUUCAAGAAGAUGUCACCAACGAACUUACCACCAACGGAAUCACCUGGCAUUUCUCACCUCCCCAUGCUCCGCAUUUCGGCGGGCUAUGGGAGGCCGCUGUCAAGACCACUAAGUUUCAUCUACGAAGAGUCCUAGGUCAAUCAUCUCUAACAUACGAAGAGUUCUCCACCGUUUUGUGCCAAGUUGAAGCCUGUGCUAAUUCACGUCCAUUGUGCGCUCGCUUCGAAGGGGAUAUGGAUCCAUUAACCCCAGCGCACUUCCUAAUUGCACGACCACUAACAACUGUACCAGAUCCGAGUAUCUUAACAGCAGAGGACUCGCUGCGAGAUCGAUGGCAGUAUCUUCAACGUCUAGUCCUAAGCUUUUGGGAAAAAUGGUCUAAAGACUACCUUAUUCAACUUCGAAAGCGCCCAAAAUGGUUGGAGAAAUCGAAAAAUAUUCAGCCUAAUGAUGUGGUUAUUCUCAUCGAUGAAAAUCAACCCCCAUGUCGAUGGCUUAUGGGCCGAAUCGUUAAAACUUAUCCUGGCCGAGAUGGACUUGUACGAGUCGCUUCCGUCGUUACUGCUAAGGGUGAAUUCAAGCGUCCAGUCUGCAAGCUAUGUCCUUUACUACUUGGUUGA